GGAGAGGAGAGCAACAGCGUAAGCGACUAGCGCGCGCUGUGGUGUGUGUCGUCGGUCGGUCGGUCGGUCGUCGCCGCCAUGCUAGUGGUUAGUUUAGUGAACCAAACAUCAUGAUGUGGCAAAACGUUCGCACGAGCUAAGACUGAAGUAACGCCGCGUUACCGGCGCGCCGUCGUUAUGUUAUCCAUAAUAACUCACGACGUUCGAUAAGCAUAAACACGUAACGUGAAAAGUACAAAGCUUGAUAAAAACUUCACGGCGACUGCGGCAACGAAAAACGUCGGAGUGCUCGAUUCCUGCGUGCGGAACCGCACAAUACUACGUCAAUCCCGAUGUAAAUUAAAGUCAAAUCAUAUAUUCGAACGAACAUUACGGAAUUAUCAUUGUCACGGUACACGUUAGGAGUGACGAGUGCCAACGAUCAGCCUCCAUCGCGCGGCAAGGAGACGAUCACGAAUCGUAUACACGGUACGGAACAUUUACGCUCCUAUCCAACGAAAGAAAGAGCAAGAAAGAAUGCUGGAUCCAAGUGUUUUAACAGAUUUAGAGGAACUGACGCUUUGCAGUUAUUGCAAGCAGAAGUAUAACGAUACGGAACAGUGUCCGAAAUAUCUUAGUUGCAAGCAUUAUUUUUGUUUGCGUUGCAUAGAAAACAAUUUAUUAAAGGGACGUGAGUUGUUUUGUGCGCAUUGUUGGAAGAGAACGGAUUUAGGUGAUCAAGGACCGGACGCUCUACCGACACACUCUUCUCUCCUUGCUCUAACAAAUAAUUUGUCUCAUUUAAAAAUCACCACGAACAACACAUCUGGAAAAACGAGUGAUAAGGAGAGAAAGAGUGAAAAUUGUCACACGCACGGAAUGCCUUUGGCAUUAUGGUGUGCGACAUGUUGUUCAGCACUUUGUAGAGCAUGCGCUACUCCACAAGAACAUCCAGGUCACCAGAUUAAAUCACAAACUGAUGCCAAAGAACAACUCAUAUCCGAUGUUCAACUGGAAUUAGUUGCUAUGGGAAAACUAUCGACCGAGAUUCAAAGACUGGCUAUGCAACAACGUGAAUUCUUAAUAAAAGUUUUAGAAGCUUGUGUAACAUUAAAAACGCAUGUUGAGACAGAUCUUCAGAAUGGCUGGAGUCAUUUUCCUGAGAUAACAGAUGCACGAGAAACUCUUGGAAAAGCGAAAGCUAGUCUGCAGAUGAUCGACAGUCCUAGCGAUGUAUACAAUUUACAUUCACAACUCAUAAUAGAAAAACAAAGAUUACAAUCAAAAUAUCAAGAAAUGAUGUUGCAGUGCCAACUCGAUGAUUUAAUUGGUAAUUCGGGGGUGGUAUUUGAUUUUGCGUUAUUGAAACAAGCAUUAGCUGGAAUUCAUACGGGAGAACCGAUUAUUUCUCAAGGAACGAGUAAUGGUGGUAGAUUACCAAAUCAUUUGGCGGCUUCACAAAAUCCAAUACUGUUCCUCGCAAAUUAUUGUAUGUCGCAGCUAUAUUCAAGACAUGUAGUGAGUAAGCAACACAUGCAAAACGGUUCUAUAGAAUAUCAUUCAAGUAUGAUGCAGCCGCAACCAGCUCCACCGGGUUCUGUUCAUGUACAUCAAGGUCCACCGCCGCCCGCAACCCCGCAGCAACUUCUCAUUCCACCUGGUUCGCCGUCCGUUAAACCUAUUCCGCCCGCGCCUCCGAAUGCAAUGUUACAUCCACAACAACAAUCAACGUUUAUACCAGAAGGAGUUGGUACUGGUGGCGGAAGUUUGGUAACCGUCCACUCAUCCUCUCAACCGCCGUCCAGCGGAAUAGCAGCAUCACUUCGAGGACCUUCAAACCCUUAUCCUCUGUAUUAUUUCAACAUUGAAGUAAAUGGAUCUCCACACGGCCGUAUCGUAAUAGAAGUGAGGCCAGAUGCAGCGCCGAAAAUGGCAAAAAAUUUUAGUGUAUUGGCAACGGGUGAAGUUGGAGUCGGUUAUAAAGGUUGCACGAUUUUUCAGUGUUGGGAGGGUGAAUCCGUGAUUACUGGUGAUUUUGAAUUAAAUAAUGGUCGCGGAGGAAGAAGCAUAUUCGAGGAUGGGUACUUUAUGCCGGACGACACAAAAUUUCCUGCAGUAAGAGGAGCAGUCGGAAUGCGGAGAACACAAAAGCGACAUGAUAAUCUUGGUAUGGUGGGUUCACAAUUUCGUAUAAUAUUACAAGAAAUGCGCGGGUUCACAGGAAUCUUUGGUCAUGUCGUUGAAGGAUUAGAAUUAGUUGAAAAGAUAUCUACAUUUGGCGAUCAAACGGGCAAGCCUACGAAGAAUAUUCUAAUUACGAAAUGCGGUAAACUGUAACGAUAAUAUUGCGAUUAGUAUACAUCGAAGGGUAAUCAAGUAUUACUCGUAUACUUUGCGUUUCCCUGCUCUAGAUAACUUAAAAAAAAAAAAAAACAAAAAAACAAAAAAAAAAAACAAAAAAAAAACAAAAAAAAACAAACAAACAAACAAAAAAAACAAAGAAAAAAGAUUCACGAGUUCGCGACGGUAUCUCUAAAGUGUUUGAUAUAGGGAAUGGGAUGUUUAAAUAAACAAAAAAUUACGUAUAUAUAAUAUUCGAUGAUAAAUGAUAUUACAUGUAUAGAGAUAUCGUUGUGAUCACAUAGCUCCAUGAAUCACGAUGCUCCGUAUGAGUCACACAAUUUAAUUAACUAUUAACAAUAGAAUUCUAAAGAUGUUGAAUCUAUUUUUAAAAGUGGACGCAUAAGAGAAGAAAGAAGAAAUAAAGAUCCAUAUUUUGCUAUUGAUUGAGAAUCAAUAAGAUUCUAUAUCUACAAUAACGACGAUGAUCGAUAAUACGUACCUCAAGAUCGAUCGUGAUAUCGAUACGACUUCUAGCUGUACGACAUUUGUUUUAGAAGAAGUUCGACGUUUAUUUUGGCUAUUGGCAUAUUGCUAUGUAUAGUUGAUAUAGAGGGUAUCGCACGGGAUUAAAAAGUGCCGUGGUUAACGGCGUCGCCCUGUGGGCGUUGCUAAUGUUUUAGAUCAUAGGUAGUAAAAACAAAAAGAAAAAAAAACGUGUAGAUGAGGAAUACGUACGAAAAAUGGGGCAAACUUGUAUGUGUAUACACAUACAUUCAUAUAUUUGUAAAAAAGAAAAAGAAGAGAAAAAAAAAAAAAAGAAAAAAAGAAAGAAAGAAAGCAAACAGACAAACGUACAGGCGAAAACUUUUUUUUUGUUUUAUAAUCGAAAAAAACAUGACUUCGUAAAAGUCAAAAAAUCGUGAUUCCAUAUACGCAGGUCGUUUAGAACAUUAACCGAACGAUACGUCGGUACGUAAAAGGACCAAUUUUAUUUCGUCUGGUCAACGAUCACGUAUCGUUCCAUUUCUUUUUCCAGAGGAGAGAAAAGGAGCUAAAAGGGAAUAAGUAAUUAUGCGAUGAAACGAGUCAAGGAAAAUUGCGAUUCCUAUCGGAUGACUCAAGGAUACUCCUCCCUUUUUGCUCUUUGCCAUGGUCUAGUAGACCGUCGUAAAUUAACUGUAUUUAAGAUUAGAUCUCAACAUGAAAAUGUAUGCAAGGCCUAACUACUACUAUGUAGAUUGUAAGCCUCGUCGUCUGAUCAGAAAAAAAACGAACGAAAUGAGCGAAUGUAUAUUAUAAACGAAUCAUUCCUCGAUGCUGUAUAUCGAAGUACUACGAUAAUGCGUUAUAUUACUCGUCUGAAUCCUCCGUAAAAAUCCCAUCGUUAUGUAUCAUAUUAUCAUGUACCCGUGUGCGAAAAAAAGCGUCGUAAAAAAAGUGUUCUGCAAACCGGCGCAAAAACAAAAAGCGCACUCACGUAUUGUAGGAAAUUGCACGCCCUCGUCGUCGCGAAUGCCUUUUUUCGAAGAAAGCCUCAUUCGAUGUUGAACUUGAAAGUUUUAACACUUGUUAAUUAGCUAAUUCAUCGUUUGCAAUGUCAUGAAGAAAGGAAAAUUCAUUGCAUUACGAUGAAUGUAAGAAUCGCCGUUAGAAUUAAAUGAUACUGCGUAAUACGUACGACGAUCGAAGGGUGGUUGAGCUCGAAUGAAUUUCUCUUGUUUCGGUCGUUGUGAAAAGAAAAAAAAACGAAAGACGUCAGUCGACAUUUUUAAAUCUAGGUGCGUAUAAAUUCAUGUUUACCGAAGCGAGUGAAGCUAGAAGCCCACCUGAUACACAAAAUAUCCACGCGCGCGCGUGUAUAUAUGUACAUAUAUAUAUCUAUAUAUACUAUAUAUAUGUAUAAAUAUAUAUAUAUAUAUAUACACAUUACAUAUAUUUUUAUGAACGUGAUGAGGUAACAACGCAUAGCUUGUAAUAUCAAUUCUAACAACCGAUUAUUUUGCCCCUCGCGUUCGAAUUAAACGGUUGAGCGGCUAUAAUUUUUCGAUAAGUUUUUCUUUCCACCUUUUAUUUUUUUUUUCAUUCUCUCUCCUGUUUCCUUUUCUUUUUCUAUUCCUCAUUCACCCUUUUUAAGUUAAGGCGUAAUCAUCAUUACAUACGAAAAUUGAGGUCAUUUUGUUUACAGCCUACGGAAACGCAUAUCCGUAGUGCAUAUGCUUAAACAGUUUUAUUAUUUCAUUAUACAUGUACGAAGUUCGUUGCCCAAUUUAAAUGUACUUUUAAUCAAUCAAUUUUGAGUUAUAAACUGUUUCUCUUUCA